AUGUCUAAGAAACAAAAGAAAGUCAAAGUUGAGGAAAACAUCUCUCUUGGACCACAAGUCCGAGAAGGUGAACUAGUCUUCGGCGUAGCACACAUUUUUGCAUCAUUUAACGAUACUUUUGUUCAUGUCACUGAUUUGUCUGGCCGUGAAACGAUCGUUCGCGUUACUGGUGGUAUGAAAGUAAAAGCCGAUCGUGAUGAAUCAUCACCCUACGCCGCUAUGUUGGCUGCUCAAGAUGUCGCAGCCAAAUGUAAAGAGUUGGGCAUCACUGCUUUACAUAUUAAACUCCGAGCCACUGGUGGUAAUGGUACAAAAACACCUGGUCCUGGUGCUCAAUCCGCUUUAAGAGCCUUAGCUAGAGCAGGCAUGAGGAUUGGUAGAAUUGAGGACGUUACGCCUAUUCCCACUGAUAGCACUCGCAGGAAGGGUGGUCGUAGAGGCAGACGUUUGUAA